AUGAGUCGGUGGGACGUCACCAACCGCCGCUCAUCGGCGCCACCGCUCAUUAUCUUCACCGUCAUUUUCCUCUUCGUGUUCAUUCACCCCUCUAUCGCAUGGCGCCCUUGGCCUCACCAGAGACACAACGCGACGGAGCUCCAAUUCGGAAGCUCAAAAAAGUACGAAGGCUCGUCGGAGUUUGUCAAACUCAGGUACCACAUGGGCCCUGUUCUCACUGCUAACAUCACCGUACACAUUAUCUGGUACGGCACAUGGCCUAGGGAUCAAAAACGCAUCAUCCGGGAAUUCAUCAACUCCAUUUCCUCCACCACCGCACCGUCGCCGUCGGUUUCCGGAUGGUGGAAAACCGUCCAGCUCUAUACCGAUCAGACUGGAUCCAACAUCUCGCGAACGGUUCGGCUCGGUGAAGAGAAAAACGACCGGCUUCUCUCUCACGGUAAAACCCUCACUCGUCUCUCCGUCCAAUCGGUGAUAAAAGCCGCCGUAACUGCAAAAACUAAACCCUUACCCAUAAGCCCUAAAAGCGGGCUGUACCUGUUACUCACCGCCGAUGACGUAUAUGUUCAGGAUUUUUGCCAGAACGUAUGUGGGUUCCAUUACUUCACCUUCCCGUCGAUCGUCGGUUACACUUUACCCUACGCGUGGAUCGGAAAUUCCGGCCGAUUGUGUCCCGGUGUGUGUGCGUACCCCUUCGCCGUUCCCGAUUACAUCUCGGGGCUAAAGCCGGUGAAAUCGCCGAACGGUAACGUCGGAAUCGACGGGAUGAUCAGCGUGAUAGCUCAUGAAAUCUCGGAGCUGGCAUCGAACCCGCUGGUAAACGCUUGGUACGCCGGCCAAGACCCGGUGUUCCCGGUGGAAAUCGCCGAUCUGUGCGAGGGCAUUUACGGUACUGGAGGUGGUGGGUCCUACACAGGACUAAUGUUGGAAGAUAGAGAUGGUGCCACGUAUAACAUGCACGGGAUCCGACGGAGGUUCUUGGUGCAGUGGGUAUGGAACCAUGUGGUAAAUUACUGUCGGGGCCCGAAUGCGCUUGAUUGAAAAUGAAAAGGUUGCAACCAUGGGGGGUGUUGUAGUAAUUUUUCCCACUUUCACACCACAAUUUUUGGUCUGUGUUUUAUUGAUUAAAACAUUUUAAGUGAUGGCAUGGCAACUGGCAAGAAAUGAAAAUGGUGAUGUACAAAAUUAUUUCUGUUUCCCGCCAUCUUGU